AUGGCUUCUCCCGUCUGGAUCACCGAUCUCCAAUCCUUUUUGAAAGGAGACGAAAUCUCCGAGCCAGGAACCCAAGUAUACGCUGACGAAACCAAAACAUGGGCGGCACAAAGAAACUUGAAUCCCAAGGUUCUUGUUCUUCCUCGCUCUGUGAAUCAGGUCUCCCGUGUAUUGGCAUAUCUGAAUACAUCAAAUCUAGACUUCGGUGUGAGAUCAGGAGGCGUCGGUUCAAGCUCCGCCAAAGACAUUUUGAUCAGUCUCGCGGCAUUCAAUGAAUUCUCAUUCGAUUCGGCUUCAGAGACUAUUACGAUUGGGACGGGCCAGACUUGGGGGGAAGUCGAUCGAAAGGUCGAGGAACAGGCACCAGGAUAUGCAUCUCUGAGCGCUCGAUGCAGUUUUGUGGGCGUGGGGGGUUGUAUCAUUUCAGGAGGAAUCUCUUGGAUGUCAUCCGAGUUUGGUCUCGCUUCAGAUCCAUCAAACAUGCUUGACGCGCAAGUGGUCCUUGUGGACGGAAGAUCUCUUUGGGCAUCUGAAGAACCCGAUCUGCUUUGGGCAUUGAGAGGUGGCGGUGGCGGCUUUGGCCUCGUGGUGGCAGUUAAGCUACGAGUCCACAAAUACACCAAUGCAAUCUACUCGGGUAAUAUCGCGUUCCCGAACGAAGCACUUCCUGAACUCGCCAAAGCGAUUUCAGAUUUCACGCAUCGGACACAAGACCCGAAAUUGGCGAUGCAUUUAUUCUGCCUCGACCUCGCUCACGCCGCCCUGACAGGCCAAUCACCUGUUCCAGGAAUUAUGAUCGUUGUAUACGACGCGAACGGGGAGACCCAUGGACGCAGCACCGAAGGAUUCGGCUGGGCCCUGCAAAUCGAGGGCGCAGUCGAUAAUACUCGCGCCAUGACUUGGAGAGAGGCAAAUAAGCAGCAAGACAAUCUCCGCGCAGCAAUGGGCAUGACGAACAGCUGGAUGUCCGGAGCGACGCUUCCAGACCUCGACGAGGCCCUCAUCUUCCGCACGUGGGACUGGUUCAACAAAUUGCUUGCGAAAGACCCGAGACUCAGCGCUGGAGCGUUCGCACUUAUUGAAAUUAUGCAGCCUCCCGCUUUCUCCACCCUCACAUCCCCUACAUCGGCAGCGUGGCCGCAUACGAAGAACAGACAUAUCCUACAGCUUGGCACAGGCGCGUUCCCUGGCUCCGCGGAAUCAGACGCUCUCGCGAUCAAGGCACUCGCCGAGGCGCCGUGGGAAAUCAGCCUCACGCACACCGAAGCCGACUAUAUUCCCAAUUUCAUCGACUCGUUCAACGACGUGCAGAAGAUAUACGGCGGCAACUACGCCAAGUUGAAGGAGAUCAAGAAGAAGUACGAUCCCAAGGGACGACUUGGUGGCCAUUUUGCAUGA